GCAGAUUGCUGAGUUCUGCUCACAGCAGCGCCACAGGACGCGGGAGACCCACAGCGACGCCAGACUCUGUCCAAAAUCCGUUGUCAUCCUCGGAAAUUUAGCUUUUAUCGACCUAAAAGACAUCACGAGCAUAACGUGGACACUUUAAGCUUUCUAGAAAGCGCUGUAUUGUCACGAUAUGACGUUUGUAACAUUUUAAAAGCGAAGGCGAAAGAUUGUUGUUGGAAGCCGUCUUCAUCCGGAUACAUACUGCUCACCGGGGAACGGAUUUUGGGCAGAAACCCGCCGCCGCUGCUCGUUCCCGCUUUUCUUUGUUUUUUAUUUGAUUUACUGCCAAGUGCUUUAGGUCUGAACGUUUUCAGAGAGAGCUGGUUGACCACAGAACCUUCACCAUGGAGUUAAGAGUUGGAAACCGAUACAGACUGGGCAGAAAAAUUGGAAGCGGCUCGUUUGGAGACAUCUACCUGGGCACGGACAUCUCGGUCGGAGAAGAAGUCGCCAUCAAACUGGAAUGUGUCAAAACCAAACACCCGCAGCUCCACAUCGAGAGCAAAAUCUACAAGAUGAUGCAGGGAGGAGUUGGGAUUCCAAUAAUAAAGUGGUGUGGUGCUGAGGGCGACUACAACGUGAUGGUGAUGGAGCUCCUCGGGCCCAGUCUGGAGGAUCUGUUCAACUUCUGCUCUCGCAAGUUCAGCCUGAAGACGGUGCUGCUGCUGGCCGACCAGAUGAUCAGCCGCAUCGAGUACAUCCACUCCAAGAACUUCAUCCACAGAGACGUCAAACCAGACAACUUCCUGAUGGGUCUGGGCAAGAAGGGAAACCUGGUCUACAUCAUCGACUUCGGUCUGGCUAAGAAGUACCGUGACGCGCGCACACACCAGCACAUCCCCUACCGCGAGAACAAGAACCUGACCGGCACCGCCCGCUACGCCUCCAUCAACACACAUCUGGGAAUCGAACAGUCCAGGCGUGACGACCUGGAGUCGCUGGGAUACGUCCUCAUGUACUUCAACCUGGGUUCCCUCCCCUGGCAAGGCCUGAAAGCUGCAACCAAGAGGCAAAAGUAUGAGCGCAUCAGUGAGAAGAAGAUGUCCACGCCCAUUGAGGUCCUCUGCAAAGGCUACCCAUCCGAGUUUGCCACCUACCUGAACUUCUGCCGCUCUCUGCGCUUUGACGAUAAACCAGACUACUCGUACCUGCGGCAGCUCUUCAGGAACCUCUUCCACCGUCAAGGCUUCUCCUACGACUACGUCUUUGACUGGAACAUGCUCAAGUUUGGAGCCAACAGAGCCGUGGAGGACGCCGAGAGGGAGCGGCGGGAGCGCGAGGACAGGCUGAGGCACGGCAGGAACCCCGCAGCCAGAGGGAUGCCGUCCGGCUCCGGAAGAGCCAGGGCCCCCCAGGACGCUGCGGCCCCCUCCCCUCUCAACCCCGCCUCUCACACAGGCAUGGAGAAGGAGAGGAAGGUGAGCAUGCGUCUUCAUCGUGGAGCCCCCGUCAACAUCUCCUCCUCAGACCUGACGGGGCGCCAGGACACGUCCCGCAUGUCCACCUCGCAGGCUCUGUCCCGGGUCACGCCCAGCGGGCUCCAGUCUGCAGCCCCUCGGUGAAACCCCCCCCUGCGUCCACCUGUCCACCACGGAGGCCUCAACUCGCACCGCCUGCAGCACGCACACUCGCUCACACUCCUCCGCACGGACUGCCAGAAGCCUCACGUGACGCCGAGGACCGCCAACCAGAGCACAAGAGCCCGGCUGUGCUUCUGUUCACUCGUGGAAGGAGACGCACAGUCGGGAUGUUGUGUUUGUGUGUGUGUGUGUGUGGGAGACAAAGGGAUGGGCAGGUGGAGCGGUUUGGUUGCCUUAACUACCAUCUUGGCAAAGUAGCAGCCACAAAAACUCUUCUUCCUGUCUUGUGGAAGAUGUGGAAAUGCCUCCUCCUCCUCCCUUCUGGUGAUGAAGCCAUGGAUUCAUCCUCCUUUAUGGUUUAACUUGUACUUUCUCUUCUCCUGAAGCGGCUGCUCGGCCUGGUAGCAGCCCGUGAAGGGAGCGUUAGCUGUGCCGCACGGCCGAGUGUCUUUGCUCCCUUCAGGUGGGACGGGCAUGGAGAGAGCCUGUGCUGACCUCACAUGCCCACAAAGUGACUUUGUCUUAAUUUCUGAGUUGUGCCGCCGCUGUGGGACGCGACGGCUGCGGUCCGAGCGCCGGUUGUGACGCCACGUGGCGUUCAGGUCAGAAAACUGUGAAUAUGGCAGAGCGGCUGGUGUUUUUAGAGCCGUGUGUGUUUGUGUGUAUUUAUGUGCUUCUGUCUCAGAGUCUCACACUCUGGAAGGGGUGAGGGAUCAGGGUGAGCAGGUUUUUUUUAUUUAACCUUUGACCUUUUUUUGUACCUUCACCUGGGCCUGUAUGGCGUCUCCGUCUGCUUCCUUUGGCGUCAGACAGGACCGGUUGGACUUUCCACACGGGUUGUUGCAGCCGUUGGUCUUGUGUGACGGGACUUUUCCAGAUUCCUAACUUUAUUUUUGAGAAUCUGUCGCUGCUGCUCGUGUGAACAGCUCCGCCUCCAAAUCGCUGUUAAUGCGGUCAGUUUGUGUCGGAUCCCGCUUAGAUUUUUACUGAACCCAAGACUGUUAUCCACCUUCACCUCAGUCACUACGGUUCUUUCUCUGGAGUCCCGACCCGAGGUCCUGGCGUCCGGAUCAGGGGAUGGCUUCGUGCUGCAUUCAGGAACAUCUCUGUGGAGGCGGCCCUGAAUGUGACCCCAAAGGAAGCAGUUCUGAGCCUUCCCAGCUGUUGACCGAUUGUAGACGCAGACGCCUCCUGGGCCGGAUCUCCUGAUCGGACCGGAACCCGCGGGGCUUUAAAGUAGAGAUGUCUUUGUGUGAUGAAGUGGUUGGUUUGUGUAGCUGAGGGGGUUGUAGUUGUGUUGUGGUGUGUAGGAUGCAUCGCCUGCUCUGUUCCACGUCCUCGGCAGCCGCUGCAGGAGCCUGACGUGUAGAGGGGGCGGGGGCGCCUCAUUCCAGUAGACGCCAUGCUGAGGCCGUGUCUGUAGUUUUCCUGAAUAGAUUUCACCUUGAAAACAACAAUGUGAUGAUAGACGUGUGUGUCUCACUGAUGUUGGAUGUGAGAACACCGUUGCUCUGUCACCUCCCCCUGGAGGACGCUCCGGCCUGCGGAGGGAACGCCGUGGAUCCACGGGAAUCUCUUUUCACUCCCAUCCCAGGACUCUGGCUCCUCAUUUGUAAUGCCACUGUAUCUGUGCUUUUUUAAUUGUGUAAAUAAAUUAAUAAGUACUUGUA